AUGUCAUUCCUAGCCUGUCCCAUAUUGUGCCACCAAUUCGUUUCUACGAUAGGUAGCGAUGACUCCUGCAAGUCCGCACGGAUCUCCUUGGCCACACAAGCCCUAGAUAUCAUGGAUCACUAUCAUCUGGUGAACCCACAAGCUCAUAUGUUGGUGGACUACUUGAAACAAAAUCAAAUCACCACCAAAUAUUCCACACAUUGGCUCGAUCAUACGGCUUCCAAAGCGGAAACUCGCUCAGAUUCACUCUAUGGUGUACUUCUCAAUAGUCAAUCGCCCUCAGAAACCUAUAAUUGCACAAUGGAAUUACUCUCGAUUUACACGAUUCAGAACCGUUUCGGCCAAGCCCUUACGCUUUUGCAAAGCUACGGAUCCUCUGCUGGGUUUUCUACUGAUCCCACAACCACAGAACAGAUCACAAAUCACAAGUAUCUUCAAUAUCUUUUAUUUUCGUAUGUGAUAUCUGUGUACAAGCACGUAUGGUUUGAAGACGUGGAGGACGAAGUUUCAAAUGAUGUCCCUAUAACCAUCUCUCCACAUAAGAAUCUCGAGACGUAUCUCAAGCGGGCUAACUAUUUUUACAACAAGAAACGUCUGCUUUUAACGGAAGAUGCUGAACGGGAAAUACGGUGCUAUUGGUUAUUGCGGUGGAUGUCAACUUUAGUUUCUUUCAGCCAGGGAAUGGUGGAAAAGUUUCUUGAAGAAUUCACCCUGGUGUCAGAGUCGUCCAGCAUAAUCCAUCCUUAUAAUUGUAUGGAACUUGAUGGUUUCUCAUUGAAAGAACCACUUCUUCUUGCUCAUGGAUUGAGCGUUUCGAUGAUGAGACCAUUCUCGGUUGCCUUACAUUUGGAUGAUAAACUUGCCGAUCUCUAUAGCAACACCAGCUCCACAAACCAAAUUAUGACAUAUCUUGUGCUACUCAAAGACUCACAGUUUGCGGAGGUACACAAGCUUCUUCGUUCUGAGUCGUUCAAACACACUAUUGAAUUGCAUGGCGGAUUUGCCCUUCCAGAUUCAUUUCUUACACGUUUACAGCACUCAAUUACUUUCAAAGUGUUCAUUCUAGUUAUCCAAACCGUCAAAAGAAUACCCAGGACCAAAAUGCUAGCUAUCAUGGGCCAUGAAGACAAUGCUGGAACAACCAAGCUUUUGCUUCUGAUGCUCACCAUCUUAGGACUGGCUCACUUUGGGGUGGGUUAUAAUACAUCGGGUGACUAUUUCUAUAAUACAAGGCAAACCCAAGUUCCGUUGGAGCAAGAGGUCGACAGGUUGGCCCAGAGCCUCGAAGGUGAGGCGAUGUCUGCUGUGGUCAAUGCAGCACUUUUGGAAAAGAUCCAUCGUACUUAA